AUGGGCCAGAACAACAAUGUCACUGAAUUUGUCCUGCUGGGUUUCACUCAGGAUCCUGUUUGGCAAAAAGCAUUAUUUGUUAUGUUUUUACUCAUCUACAUUGUGACAAUGGUGGGAAAUCUGCUCAUAGUGGGGACAGUGAUUGUCAGCCCCUCCUUGGGCUCCCCAAUGUACUUCUUCCUUGCCUCUCUGUCACUCAUGGAUGCUGUUUAUUCCACUGCCAUCUCACCCAAGUUGAUUGUAGACUUACUCCGUGAUAAGAAGACCAUCUCUUUCACAGCAUGCAUUGGCCAGCUCUUUAUAGAGCAUUUAUUUGGUGGUGUUGAUAUUGUCAUUCUGGUGGCAAUGGCCUAUGAUCGUUAUGUGGCCAUCUGUAAGCCCUUGCAUUAUUUGAUUAUCAUGAAUCGACGGGUGUGUAUCCUUUUAUUAGUGAUGGCUUGGGCAGGAGGUUUUGUACAUGCUUUAUUUCAAGUUCUUGCUGUGUAUAAACUUCCUUUCUGUGGUCCUAAUAUCAUUGACCACUUUGGCUGUGACAUCUAUCCACUAUUGCUACUUGCAUGCACUGAUACCUACUUCAUUGGCCUUUCUGCCACUGUCAAUAAUGGGGCCAUGUGUAUAGUGAUCUUCUUCCUCCUCCUACUCUCCUAUGGAAUCAUCCUGAGAUCUCUUAAGAAUCACAGUCAGGAAGGGAGGCGUAAAGCUCUUUUUACCUGUGGCUCCCAUAUCACUGUGGUUUUCCUCUUUUUUGUUCCCUGUAUUUUCAUGUAUGUUAGACCUGUUUCUAGUUUUCCUAUUGAUAAGGCCAUUACUGUAUUUUAUACUAUUGUCACUCCCAUGUUGAAUCCUUUAAUAUAUACUUUGAGAAAUUCAGAGAUGAAAAAUUCUAUAGAAAAACUCCUGCAAAAAAAACUCACAAUCUACUUGAUAUGCCUUAUAAACCCUAUUUUUUAUUAUUUUAAUAAUUGUCACUUUUGGUUGCUCUAA